UUGAAACAAAAUAUAAGCUUUGGAGGAUGAAUGGUCUUUUACAUUUUGAAGAACAAGAUUGCUCUGAGUUUGUUGAAGUUGAUCCAACCGGAAGAUAUGGCAGAUACAAUGAAAUCCUUGGGAAAGGUGCUUCAAAAACAGUUUAUAGAGCAUUUGAUGAGUAUGAAGGGAUUGAAGUUGCUUGGAACCAAGUCAAACUCUAUGAUUUUCUUCAAAGCUCUGAAGAUCUUGAAAGGCUUUACUGUGAGAUUCAUCUUCUCAAGACAUUGAAACACAAGAAUAUCAUGAAGUUCUAUACUUCCUGGGUUGAUUCUGCCAAUAGGAACAUUAAUUUUGUCACUGAAAUGUUCACUUCUGGAACUUUAAGACAGUAUAGGCUGAAGCAUAAGAGAGUCAACAUCAGAGCAGUGAAGCAUUGGUGUAGGCAGAUCUUGAGUGGCCUUCUUUAUCUCCAUAGCCAUGAUCCCCCUGUGAUUCAUAGAGAUCUUAAAUGUGAUAAUAUGUUAAUGGGCCCAAGGAGAAGUAAGAUCGGUGAUCUCGGCCUCGCUGCGAUCCUCCGGAAAUCUCACGUGGCUCACUGUGUCGGAACACCGGAGUUUAUGGCUCCCGAGGUCUACAAAGAAGCGUACAAUGAAUUAGUCGACAUUUAUUCAUUCGGAAUGUGCAUUUUAGAAAUGGUUACUUUUGAGUAUCCUUAUAGUGAAUGUACUCAUCCAGCACAAAUCUACAAGAAAGUUGUAUCUGGUAGAAAACCGGAUGCUUUGUAUAAAGUUAAGGAUCCCGAAGUUCGACAAUUUGUCGAGAAAUGUUUGGCAACCAUGUCUUUGAGGCUUUCUGCGGGAGAAUUGUUAAAUGAUCCUUUUCUCCAGAUUGGUGAUUGUGAGUCUGAUUUAAGUCAACUAGAUUAUGCUUAUGGAAGGGAAUGUGAUGAUAUGGGUCCCCUCAUUAGGCUACCGUAUCUCGAACUUCAUCACAGUAGUAACUCUCAUGGCGACGGAUACUCGAACGGUUAUGGUUACAAAACACCAAAUGAAUGGGGGUAUCAUCCUGCUGAAAUUGAACUCAGUGGAAUCGAGCUUUUCGAACAUCAGGAAGAUGAGCAUGCUUCAAAUGUAGACGUAAGCAUCAAGGGGAGGAUGCGAGAUGAUGGUGGUAUCUUUUUGAGACUCCGGAUUGUGGAUCAAGAAGGUCGUAUCAGAAAUAUAUAUUUCCCAUUUGAUGUUGAAACUGAUACAGCACUGAGUGUUGCUACUGAAAUGGUAGCAGAAUUGGAUAUCACCGACCAAGAUGUGAUGAAAAUAGCGGAUAUGAUCGACGGAGAAAUCGCCUCCUUAAUACCCAAGUGGAGACAAGGGCCGGGAAUUGAGGAAACACCCUGCUUUUCGAAUCCAAACUUUUGUCACGAUUGUGCUUCGUCUACCGGUUCCCUCUUAGAUUUUUUGACGCAUAAUGGUGGUGCCAAGGACUCGCGUCUUCCUCAGUGUUGUAGAACUGGCUGUGCUUCAAUGCACGGCCGAUUCGAAGAGAUUACAUUUCAAGUCGAGGAAUCCGAGCAUUGCGUGACAGAUGGUGCACCAAAUGUGUCGAGUCAAUCGGACAAUUUGCAUUACCUGGAAAUUUGGGAUCAGCAAGAAAGCCACGAACAUAGCCCGGAGGGAUCUAGACACAGACAUUCAGAUGAAGAGUUCCCAAUUCCAUGA